AUGAUUGCUUCGGGCGCUUCGAAGCAGUGCUUGCCCCGUGCCGAAGAUCCAACCGACAGGGAGGGAGUGAGGAUGCGGGCGAGAAGCUGCAGCGCUUCCUGCGGGCCCGAUGUGUGCCGGGAAGCGCGCUGGUGCUGUCGAUCUCGGGAGGAGUGGAUUCUAUGGUCCUCAGUCAUUGCGCGGUUGCCCUGCGAGAUCACCUCAAGCUCAAGUUGUCCGCGGUUCACAUCGACUACAACGCGCAUCCGAACAGCGCGUUGGAAGCCAACUUCGUGGAAAGUGGGCCUGCCGCUUUCGGUCGUCCGGCUGCCCGAGCAGAUGAGGGCUCAGCCCCGCAACACGUUCGAGGACUUCUCCCGCAAGGUGCGCUACGACGCUUAUCGGGAAGCCGUGGGGAUUUCCGGGGCUUUGGCCGUGCUGACCGGUCACCACGAAGACGAUGCAGCGGAGAAUGUUCUGUCGAACCUUCUGAUGGGCCGCAGCCUUUUCCACCUCCCUGUACUGGGCCCGGAGGCGCUGAUAGAGGGCGUCACGGUCUGGCGGCCGUUUUCCGGCUUGCCGAAAAGAGCCCUCAUUCGCUUCGCAAGAAGGUAUGGCAUACCGCACCUGCGAAACAACGAUCCGCCCGCUGGGCGGCGGGCGGUGCUCCGACGUGAGGUCUUUCCGACCCUGGACAACGCCUUUGGGCAGAGAACACUGCGCAAUGUCGCUCGGGUCGGGCGCUCUGCGAAAGAUUGGAAGCGGAUCAUCGAUGACCAGAUCCUUGCCCCAUUUUGGAAGACGGUGCGGCGGUUCCCGCAUGGUGUGCUAGUCCCGCUGGGGGGCUACGCUUCGUGGCCGCUGGCGUUCUGGGAGGAAGCGUUGGUGGGGAUCUUUCACGCAAUGGGCCGGCCCAUGCUCUCAAAACGUUCGGUUGACAAGUUGGUGGACGCCCUUCAAGCGAAGAAGUCUGCAUGGCUCCCGAUCCACAAGCAGCUAUGCCUCUUCGUGGAUGGCCAGCUACAUCAACUCGCCAUCCUGGAUGCCGAGCUGCUCCCAAGUAGGAAUGAGGAGAUGGGUUGCUGGAGGGCGGACCCCAGCGAGCCCGCAACUGCUGGGUGCGGCAACAGUCCCAAAAAACAGGAGGCGUUGUGCGGACUUCUGAGCGGCUCCCUGCUGCUGGAACUCAGGGCUCCGCCUGGUCGCACUGUGAAGAUCCACGUGGACCUUCCAUCCAAGAUCAAAGCUCGCCUCCCCGCACCUGAUACCAUUGCACGUUCUUGCGGGCUUAAUGCUGUCGCAACUCAGAUGGUCCAGCUGACUGCAGUGCUUGAUCCGUUGGACGACUGGUGCCGAGUCUCGGGGAGGAGGCUCGCCAGCUACGAGGUCUGGGAUGAGAAGGCCGUCGCAGCGUCCGGUAGCCACGAGCGCUACGGCGGAUGGUUGAAGACGCCCCUCGUGCAUGACCUUGCCAUGUCACCAUACGAAGCUGUGCCGUACGUGUGCCUGCGCGUGAGUGGCAUCCCCGCGACCCAGCAGCCUGCAAAGCAUGGCCCGCUAUUGAUCCACUGCGGGGGCCCAGGAAGUGGCAGGGAGUGCCUCCCCAAGAAGGGAUUCGACAUUCGCGGAGAAGGCAACGCGAGCAAUCUCAACUCCCAUUUCGACUGGUGGGCGAUUGACCAGCGAGGAGUUGGCUUGCAAGGAAUGUUCCCCACUGGGGAGAAUGACACGGUACCUCCUUGCCCCUUCAAGUAUCCUUCGGGGGAGGCAAUCCAACCUUUCCCAGAGUUCCAGUGCAGCGAGCUGAUGAAGUCGGGGCUUGGCUUCGACCAGAUCGCGCAGCUGAUGCUGGGUGCCGAUGCAUCGGAGAGCGACAUCGAGGAGGCGAAGGAGUAUGUGUAUACCAUCCUCGCCGUGGGAGGGCUCACGGAGACUGACUCAGGCAUCCUGGCGUAUAACGAGACCUAUGUCCGAUGGUUCUACCGGCUCAUUAAGCUGGAGCACAGCCUCUGCUACAUCGCCCCACGAUUCAAGCUGAAGUCCCCCAGUGGUCGUGAGUACAACGCCCUCCAGUUUGGCGGGACCAUCGACUUGGUCCAAGACAUCGACCUAUUCCGACGUGCUGUUGGGGCAGCCAAGAUGUCGAUCUACGGUAUGUCCUACGGUACAGCAGUGGGAGGGUCCUAUGGAACGAUCUUCCCUGAGAAUACAAAGCGGCUGGUCUUGGAUGGGGUGGUGGAUCCCUUUCCGGACGUCGAGCGGCGGGGUGAGCUCUUUGCAAGGGGCAUCACGGCGACCUGGAACGGCAUCACCUCGGCCUGUGACCUCUCCAUCCUGGAGACCACGGCCGAUGAGCUGUGCCCUGCGGCACCACUGUCGGAAAACAAGGCGUUGCGCCUGAUUCAAGACUCGAGCAACCCCGCCAGGGCAGCUUUUAUCAUGAAGCUUGCGGAGCUCGCUAUCUUCAAGUACCCGGAGCCAUUGGCCAGUGUGGUCUUGGCUUGUGUUGAGAAGUAUACCUCCGGCAGGGAGGCAGACAGCUGUCCAGACUGGCUUCAACAAAUCGUGCCCGUCGUCAUUCUUAGUUCAACUUCGAAUUCCACCGAUUCGAGCAACUCGAGUUCGAACUCAACAAACUCGAGCUCUACCAGGCGGCGGCGUAUACGACAGGACUGGUUCCGGCUUAGUCAGCAGGCCUUGGUGAUGGGAACAGACACCGCUGGACGAUUGAACGAAGAGGCUGUCAUUCGCUGGUGGAAGGACUCCUUAGCAAUGCAGCCACUUGGCACACCCUGGUCCCUGGGUUGGGUGGUGGCGAUCAGCACCUGGCCCGCAAAUGCCAGACCGGUGCCGCCUUUGGGAGCGGUGAAUGUCAGCCCGCUGGUGGUCGGGAACCUGCACGACCCGAACACUGCCUACCAGAGUGCGCAGCUGGCCAAGAGCGCCUUCCCGCAGGGCCAUCUCAUGACAUGGCAGGGUUUCGGGCACUGCAUUGGGAUGAUCGGACCCGUGGGAGAGCUCAUCUCAGAAAGCUACAAGAAGGCGGAAGAAAGUAAGCAGCUGAUGAACAUCACCUUUUCAUUGGCAAAGUAUGCCUGCGUGUCGCGCAUCCAGAACUACCUGGAAACGGGGGAGCUUCCACUCGACGGGCACACGUGCCUUGUCCCACGGCUUCUUGACACAGGCAGGGCGUCACUAGCCAGAGGUCUUGAAUUCAUGAGGAGGUUGUGGGACAUUUCACAGGAGUCCUCAACGGAGGAGCUCUAA